AUGAACAUCGGAAUCGAGAUGAAGAUAGAAACAGCAACAAAGGCCACGGAUGUUGUGCUGAAAAUAUCUCCUAUGGAACUGCGCAUGUCUCCCUCAAUCAUUCGGCUACUGUCGGCUGUCAAUAUGGAGUUUGCCAACAGCAGUGCUUCUGUAAGUAUUUCAACACUCCCUGUAGAAGCUGUGGUUUUAUCUCGCGUUGAUGAGCUUCAGGAUCGGACGGAAGGCAGUUCGCUCACUCCCAAGCUUCGUUCAUUCCCGCAAUAUUGGAAGCCCAGGCGUUUCGACCAGAAAAAAUAUUGGUUUUUCCUGGCACCUACAGCAGAAGAAGCUUGCGAGGACAACAUAGACGAUGCUGCCGAUAAAGCGGUCAUGAAGAGGGCUCCUAUAGAGCAUGCUCACGUAGAGAUGGAAAGGAUCAACUUUACGCUCGAAUCUGGAGACAGUUCUGUAUGUUUCGUAUCGCGUAAAGUUUGUACUACUACAUUCUGUUACUUGUUUCUUCACAGGUGCCCGUACCGCUCAUCUUCAUGCAAAUACUUGUAAAC